CGACAUCGCAGCCUCAACAUGGCAUAUCUCUCAGCCUUGCGAUUGUGUAUCGCAGCUACAUUGAUAGUAGUCACCACCGCAUUCGUAAGAAAAAGUGACUGUUUUGGAGAACCUUCACUGAUUGUCUCUAGUUACGGAUUUUGUACAUUCUGCCUUCCAAGCGGAUAUCCCACCAGAAACCCCGUGCAAAAAGCCGCCGCAAUGGCGCAAGCCAUAUGGGAAAACAUAUGGUCAUCGUUCUGGGUUCUGGUGGACAUACAGCUGAGAUGAUGUCCCUCAUGCGGGAUUUUGACCCAAGAAAAUACAAACACCGUACCUACAUCAUGUCAUCUGGGGACGGGUUUUCUUCUAGCAAAGCUUUCGAUAUUGAGACGCGCAUUCAGACCAAUCAUGCGGAUCCACCAUCCAAAGUCACAAAUGCCGGAGAGUACAGUCCAGUUACCGGAACUUGGGAUGUAAAACUGGUACCUCGAGCGAGAAAAAUCCACCAACCUUUGUAUACGACCCCCUUUUCGGCGUUAUGGUGCCUGCUCGGUUGUUUCAAGGCUUUGAACGAAACAGCAAGAUACUCGCGUGUGACGGAAGGUCAAUUUCCAGAUGUCAUCGUCACAAAUGGUCCUGCAACCGCCGUCAUCUUUAUACUAGCCGCUACAAUUCUGAAGUUUUUCGCUGUGGCACCCGUUUGGUCCAUGAAGAUCAUCUACGUGGAAAGUUGGGCUCGGGUCAAGACUUUGAGUCUGAGUGGCAAGAUUUUGUUGAAGACCGGGCUUUGUGAGAGGUUUUUUGUGCAAUGGGAGAAGCUAGCUUUGGCUAUCAAUGGACCUAGUGGAAGAAAAAAAGUUGAGUGGGAAGGAUUCCUCGUCGAAUAGACAUACUAUCUGCUCCUUGCUUUAGCCUUUGCAGUCAUACAGUUACGAGAUUUGCAACGACUUGCAGCUGAAUAUUUGCAGAGAAAUUUUCAACAGUUGAGGCUUAGUAUGUACAGCCCGAGGGUCUCUCUAACAUUAUGAGCAAUCUCAGAUGAUUAUGUGCAACAAGCUUUUGGUAGCUGAAGAUCUCCAUGAUCUUGACCUUUCCCAAGAACUAUGAAUACAC